GAACCCAAAUUUUUUUAGUUAGAAUUAUGAACAAAUUAACUUUUGAUAAUUUUUUUCUAUCUGGUCAUAUUUGCAUUGAACUUUGCUUGCAGAAGUCCAAACAGGAAGUCAUUUCAAUUUCCCUGUUUUUUUAACCCUCUGAUCCCAAAUUCUCAAGGAAGCUAAUCUAAUGAUUAGGAAAUUUGAUUGGAAAAAUUCUAGAACUAGCUAUCUAGAUUUUGAAAAAUUGACCCCGUUGGCUCUACAGAAAAUGCUUCAAGAGUUUAUUCUUCAAUAAUUUAGAUUUUGCCCUUGCAAAAACAGUGCAGAUCUAGUGAAGACAAUUCAUAGGGAGUUAGAGGAUGUGUUCUUAUGUGUUCCUAUUCAAAAGUAAUUAUCUUUUUUCUGAAAAGUUCCCUAGACUGCAAUGCAUCCCUAGACAUGAAAAGUUCCCUAGACAUUUAGCCCCAAUCAAGCCUUUGCAGUUGAGGCUUUUCCGUGUGUCCUAAUCUUUGGCAGCAGAAUUUUGUGUUGAAACUAUGAUUUGACAAGCAGAACAAAAGAAACAAAUGCAAAAGUAUUUGACCAAUAAUUAGAUUUUGUACUGAGUGUUAAAUGAUGAAUACAUUUCCCCCAAAAUUUGGUCAGAUGCAGCAUCAAGAGCCCUCUUCAAGAUGCUUUUUUAAGAUCAUGUUUAAGCCACACAAUCAAUGUUAUUUUGUGACUAGUUGUGUGAUAGCCAUUGUAUUGAAAUGCUGUAAAGCUGUCUAGAACUUAAAUUUGUUAUACACUACCUAGAGCUUACAAUGCAUGCACAAUUUUAUAGCUUUGUGGAACAGUAUUUUUAUAGGUUUGCCAGAUUGCUGCUUUUUCUAUAGUGUUUGUUAUUGCUUGGUUUCUUAAAGGUUACUCUGUUGUCCAAUUCUUUUCUUGUUGUCUGCAUAUGACACUUUCUUGUGAUAUGUCUUUGCCAAUUGUUUUUAACCUCCAAUGAAUGUGACAAUAGAAAAUGAAUUUCAACUGAGAGCCGAAAAGCUGUUGUUGUCUUUUUAAUUCAAAACAAGCUAGAAUAAUUGAGCCCCAGUUAUCUAUUGUACUUUUUAUCAGUUAGAGCCUCCAAUAUCUCUAUGGAGUCUCCACACCCUUUAAUGGAGAGGAAAUGGUUUCAUAAGGAAGUAAAAGUGCUAUGAUUUGCAUAUUUUUUUGAGAUAACCAAUAUACUAUACAAGCUUAAGGUGGCUUUUCCUACAGACAGACCAAACAUCUACCUAUCUGGAAAAAUUUACGUUAUUCAAGUUCACAGUUUUAUUGGAAAUAAAAUGUUUUGUUCCUGCCAACGUGAUGCAACAUGUUGGUGAUGAUGAUGAUGAAUUGGAGGUAACAUGAAAGCGAGGCUUGGGCCUAAGUUUGUUAUUCUACGAGAGCGCAGCUAGAGUUCUAACAAUUCGUCGAAAAUGGGGAAGAACAGACCGAAAAUCGAUCAAAAUUUGUCCCAAGCAGAACUGAUGCUAAAGACAAUUUCAGAAAUAAUCAGUGAGCUGGUUGAUGCUCAUGAAAAAAAGAAAGACAUUAAUCUUAACCGGUUGAAAGGAAGUGUAUGCCGCAAAUAUGGUCUCUCUUCACAACCAAGAUUAGUUGACAUCAUAGCUGCAGUUCCAGCUGCUCAUAAAAAGACACUUAUUCCAAAGCUGAAAGCAAAGCCGAUUCGAACAGCAUCUGGGAUUGCUGUUGUUGCUGUUAUGUGUAAGCCACAUCGAUGCCCACACAUCAACAUGACUGGAAACAUUUGUGUAUACUGCCCUGGUGGACCAGAUUCAGAUUUUGAGUAUUCAACGCAAUCUUACACUGGAUACGAGCCAACCUCGAUGCGAGCCAUAAGAGCCAGGUAUAACCCGUUUUUACAAACAAGGCACCGUGUGGAGCAGUUACAAAAUCUUGGGCACAAUGUGGACAAGGUUGAGUUUAUUGUGAUGGGAGGCACUUUCAUGGCCCUCGAUGAUGAGUACAAGGAUUACUUCAUUCGAAAUUUACACGAUGCACUUUCUGGGCAUUCGUCAAACAGCGUUGACGAAGCAGUGAGGUACUCGGAGAAAAGCAAGACAAAAUGCAUCGGAAUAACAAUAGAGACACGUCCAGAUUAUUGCUUAAAAAGACAUUUGAACUCAAUGUUAUCAUACGGUUGCACUAGACUGGAAAUCGGGGUGCAAAGUGUGUAUGAAGACGUAGCAAGAGACACUAACAGAGGACAUACUGUUCGUGCUGUUUGUGAAUCGUUCCAGCUAUCUAAAGAUGCUGGGUUUAAAGUAAUUGCCCAUAUGAUGCCAGAUCUGCCAAAUGUAGGGCUAGAGAGAGACAUCCAGCAAUUUAUCGAAUUCUUCGAGAAUCCUGCUUUCCGUGCAGAUGGGCUAAAAAUAUACCCAACACUUGUAAUCAGAGGCACAGGGUUGUACGAACUUUGGAAGACUGGACGAUACCGGAGUUACCCCCCUGGCGUCUUGGUUGAUUUGGUUGCCAGGAUUUUGGCUUUAGUGCCACCAUGGACCAGAGUUUAUAGAGUGCAAAGAGAUAUUCCGAUGCCACUUGUAACUUCUGGGGUUGAGCACGGCAACUUAAGAGAGCUUGCGUUGGCAAGAAUGAAAGAUUUCGGCACUAAGUGUCGCGAUGUUCGAACGAGGGAAGUUGGCAUUCAGGAAAUUCACAACAAUAUUCGACCGUAUGAGAUUGAGUUGAUCAGACGUGACUAUACCGCUAAUAAUGGCUGGGAGACAUUUCUGUCUUACGAAGACCCAGAACAAGAUAUUCUUGUCGGUUUGUUGCGACUUCGAAAAUGCUCACCAGAAACAUUUCGCGCUGAAUUGAAAGGAAGGUGUUCGAUAGUUCGAGAGCUGCAUGUUUAUGGCAGUGUUGUGCCAGUAAGCACUCGUGACCCAUCAAAAUUCCAGCACCAGGGCUUCGGUACUUUGUUGAUGCAAGAAGCGGAAAGAAUAGCAAGAGAGGAACAUGGUUCAAAAAAGAUAGCAGUUAUAUCAGGUGUUGGUACAAGGGACUAUUACCGCAAGCUUGGUUACGAACUUGACGGACCGUAUAUGUCAAAGAGUCUCGUAGAGUAAAAGAAUACUUAUUUUGUCUCAACGUAAUACUCUGAAGAAAUAGUAUGUCGCCCCUUGUAGUAAUGAAUUUGCUAAGCAAACCGAAUGCCGUUGUCAGAUGAACUAUCACCCGGCGUAUCAGCACUUAUUUUAUGAUAAAUUUUAAUGAAAUGGUAUUUUAAAACAUAUUUUAUUCAUUGAUUUUGUGUUCCAAAAUGA